AUGGCCAGGAUCACUCUUAUUUCUGUUUUCAUCCUCUGGGCAGCCACAAGGCAGGGAAGGGGAGAUGAAAUUACAGAAAAAAGCCUCUCUUCGCUAGGAUACCAUCUGUGCAACUAUAGCCUGACCAAAAAUGUGUUUAAAGUGGUUACCUACCAAAAGUCCUAUGAAAAAAGCACUUCCUGUGGAGGAUGGAUACCAUGGAUGAUGUGUCCCCGGUCGUACUAUAAAACACAGUAUCAUACUGUUGAAGUCCCUGAAACUAUCACUCCUACAGAUUGCUGUGAAGGAUAUGAACAAGUUGGACUCUACUGCUCUUUAGCACUCAACAGAUCCAAUGUAUUUGCCUCAAGACCUGGUAUUUGUCCAAUGGAGAAUAUGGAGACAUCUGAUUAUCCUUGCACGUUCGAUACUGAAUGUCCAGGGCUUAAAAAAUGCUGCAACUCAUCCAAGGGAGCAGGCUGUGUGGAUCCAAUGCCAGAGGGAGGAACAUUCUGAUACAACAUAACAGUGCUUGUGAAAAUAGAUUUUAAUGAAUUAAUCAGAGUCGAUUUCCACCUUCUGAAUCAUUCACGCCUUUUGCACUCCAUGAUUACCAGUGCAUUACAGCCCUUGAACACCUCUGUGUACCAUAUCCAGAGUAACCGUGCAGAAGUAUACGCUGAGACAGUGGCUUCUCAGGUUCUCGUUGAACUGUACCAACCAGAUCCACUAGCAGAGGUUUCUUCUUCCUUGAAGGACAUUGUGAAGCGCGCGUAUGAAGUGAUUGACACAGAAGUGCAAGAUGUCAAUGAAUGCUCCUACACUGAAUUCAACACUUGUCCUGAGAAAAACACUUGCAUAAAUCUGGAGGGUUAUUACAGCUGUCAGGAACAUGCAGAUGUGGAACCUCACCAGCUGAGCACAGGAAAGGAAGGCAUGACAGCAUCUACUCUAAGUUCAGCGCUGGAUCACAUUAACACUAGCAAUAGCUCUCUGUCUAUAAGUAAUUCAGGUCUCUUGUCCAUGACUAACCAAUCCUCAAAUGCUGCGUGCUAUCCCUCUGCAGUUAGAAACCACCGAAUCUUCAGUGUUGCCAGCAACAGUUUUGAAAUGUCCUGGCAUGUCACUUCUACUCUGAACCAUACUUUCCAAGUGCAAGUGUUCAAGGACAGAGAGAUUGUACGAGACCUAAAGAUAGAGGAAAUGAAAAUGGAUGUAUCUGGACUGGAAGCAGGUGUGAUGUAUUCAGUAGAGAUCAGCUAUGAAACCUGUGGAGAAACCAGCAUCUCCCAUCAAAAUGUUAAAACAGAGGCCAAGAUAUUUGGUGUUACUAUGAGGAUUCUCAACUACAACUUCACUGAUGAUUUUCAUAAUGUCAGCAGCUCAGCAUAUGAAGAAUUUUCAAGAGUGUUGCUUACAGAGCUUGAAAAAUAAUUUCCACCCAACAUUUCUGCUUUAUACAAUUCUGGGAAGCUGAAAGUGCAGACUGAAUCCCUGCGUGCUGGAAGCAUCAUUGUGAGACUCAGAAUCACUGUGCAGGACCCCGAGUUCCAAGUUGAUGCCUCCACGUUUUCCCUGGUGCUAUCUUACCUGUACGAUGGCUCUGCACUUGUGGUGGAUCAGCAAAACAUUGCAGUAGAAGAAUGGAAUGGAUGUGCUUCUCACACCGAGAAUGACUGCUCUGUGUUUGCAGAGUGUAUCAAUUUAAUGGGCUCGUACCUGUGCAGGUGCAGGACAACCAUGGAUACCAACCCAUCCCGACCUGGAAGAAACUGUGAGGGUGGAAUUGUGGACCCUCUCACUGAAACGGUGGCUCCUGAAGUAGCACACAGCACAGAUUUUGCUCCUGAAGACAUAAGCCUUGCAGCCCCUGCUUCUCCUGUCACCACUGAAAUGGUAGCUGCUGUAGGCUCUGAGAUGAGCACCACUGUACACCUCCCUGCUGCACUGUCCCUGGAUGAAAAGCAAGUGCCCCGCAGACAUUCUCCUACCAGCGCUCCUCCAGCCUCUUGGAAAAAAGCCUUGGCACCACAGAUGGACUUUGGCCCAAUGGCCAUGGGGAUCACAGCCAGUGAGGCUGAGCAUUCAGUGAGCGCAGAGCAUUCAGUGGCCAUAAGUCUGUCGCAGCAAAGCUCCACUGCAGAGGCUUCCCCUGGCUUAACACAAGUGGAUGCUCUAACAAAUGCGUCCAUGGGGACAGCCGAGCAAGAGCAACUCAGUUUGCUAUUGCAGACGUCAUUGAAUCAAACCACCUCUGCUAUCACUAGAAGUCACACGGCUUUUGGUGUGCCUCAAGCCAACUCUCAAAGUGGUCCUGGCACAGCUCUGCCAGUCACAAGGGUUGCUGUGGAUCCCAACCUCAACACCACUCUCAGAGCACAGGUAGAGAUGGGAAGAGAGAACAGCUCUUGGUCUGAGGAAUACCCUGGAGCCCUGGGGUCACCGGCUUGGUCAGGUGCCUCUCCAGCUGUCAGCCCGACACCAGGCCCAGCCAUGGACCGCAUUGUCCAGAAGCUUAGUGGCAUAGUACAUAUAACAAAUGUGAAAUACUCUCCAGGCUUUAGCAAUGCAAGCAGUGAGGAAUAUCAAACCUUUGCACAGCUCUUUGUUGAUGAAGUACAUAAAUCUCUGCCCCUUGAGGUUCUUCAGCAGAUGGAUGCUGGACUGAUUAAAGUGUUGAUAAAAGGUAUUACUAAUGGAAGCACAGUGGUAAGUUUCAAUUUGCUGAUUGCAGAAGAUGUGGAUAUCUACUACAUCAUCACCAUUUUUCGUGAUGCCUUUGAACACAGCUCCUAUUUCACAGUUGACAAGAGCAGUCUCUCCAUAAGCGAUUAUGAUGAGUGCAAAAGUGAAGAAGAUGACUGCUCCCCGGAUGCAUCAUGUCAUAACACACUUGGGUAUUACCAGUGCAGCUGCAAUGAAGGAUUUGCUGAUGUGCGUCCAGAAAGGCCUGGAAGAAGCUGUGAAGCAUUUCCUGUCAGCCAGGAGGCAACAUUGAUGGAUAGGAAACCUGUACACAACACGGUUUCACCUGAAACACCUUUGCAAACUUCAAACCAUGUUUCCUCCCAUGCUUCAUCAGACUUCUCUACUGAUGAGCACAAAGCUCUGGAGGACACCACGUUCUCCAGCACAAUGCAGCUUCCUCUCACCAUGGAUGCUGUGUCAAUACCAGAUGCUUCUCCUCAAACAUGUCCUGUCUCCACCAUUAAACCUGCCCAGGAAAUUUCCAUUAAAGAUGCAGUGAGAGUGUUCUGUGAAAUCGAGAAGAUCAUCCUUGCUGUCCAGAAGAGAUUUUUACAGCAGCAGUCUAUCCCAGAAAUCUCUUUGUACCUGGGGGAGCCUCGCUGCAAUGUGAGGAUCAGCAAUGGCACUCACGUUGUGCUGCAGGCAGGCUGGAGUGACUGUGGCACUGAAGUUGAGGCUAACAUGACUAACAUCAUAGUGAAAACCAUUCUCCGGAAUGAUGUUUCUACUCAAGGAGUAAUCAACCAUUUAAAAGUUGCCAGUCCCAUUCACUGUGUGUUUCAGAAUGAUGUCUUGGCUUCCUCUGGAUACACUGCAGAAGG